AUUUAUAUUCAUGUAUGAUAACGUAUAUUUACCAAAUGGAUACAUAGUAGAAUACCAUAAAUAUGUUUACAUAAUAUUUAUGAAACUAAAUUAGCAACUACAUAAGAGAUAAUUCGAUGAACAUUAUUGAAAACAUAACAUAUAAACAGCCAUGGAGAUUAUGGAAGAUGGGAACUUAGUAGAUCGCGUUAGAAUUUUAUUGCAACGGGACAUGCAAUAUUAUCAGGAGAUGCAGACAGUACUGAGAGAAGCUUUGUGCAUUCGCGUCAGCGGUGGAAAACUCGAUUUUCCAAGGCACGCCUCGUUUGCAGCAAUUAAAAUAGUUAUGUGGUGGGAGGCUGAAUUUUUGAUCACAUUUAAAAAGCCUUCAGGAUUAAGCAAUGUCAAAUGCAAAACUACAACGGAAAUCGACACGAACGAUGGAGUCGUUAAAAAUAUUCUACCGACCGAAUUUGUUCAUAUGGUCGUCGAUACAGCCGAUCAAUUGCUCGAACAUUUGCAUACGUUGAUACAGGAGUGUCUGGAUCAUGCUGAUUUGACCGUUCUUACGGCUACGUUAGGAGCAGCGGCAUUGAUAAAAAAUUGUCUUUGGUGUUACAAUCAGCAUGUUAAAAAUGUCGUCUCUACCGGAAUAAGCGAGAAAAUAAAUAAUUGUUACAAGUCUUAUCAAGAAAUGACAGAAGCUGUCGCAGAAAGAUUACUUGACUUACAUUGCCGUUUAAUCUCUUUAUAUAUACUCAAUGAAGCUGAUUCUCUCGAUUGGCAUAGUAAUAAGUCCUUCUUCGAAAAGGAAAGAUGUUCUUUCGUAAUACAAAUGUGGUGGCUUUAUAUGCAAGGAACAAGAGCAGAUUUAUGGGAAACUGUACCCCCGCAAAUGGCACAACGUGUAUUUAUGGGGAUGUUAAACGAGUCUCUGUCUAUCAUCGUAACUCGAUUUAUUUAUGGUCGACCUACGUUGGCUAGAUCCGAACAAUUUUGGACAGAUGCAUUCAACGUUCUCUGUUGCACUGGAUAUCUCACUUUAGCUGCCUGCACUGAGAGUGAAGAGAUGAUAGGUAUCCAAUCGAAUAAAUUACCAACUGUUAUAAGGGAUGUGCAUGCUAAAUGUAACGAGUUGCUCGUUUGCUUAUUAUUUCGUGGUACACCAUUGGAAGAUUUGUAUCAGGCUUAUCGUAACGGAUUGGAAAAUUUACAAAUAUUACAACAACGACGUGGUCCUUCUCCUUGGAUAUUAAUAUGCGUUCCACAUUUGUUAGGUAGAUCUAAUUUAGACGUACAGUUAGACGAUCUAACCGAAGAUAGAAUCGUGAUUUUGGAAUUGAAUAUACUUAGGAAUCAACCGCAGCCCAAUUGGCCACAAUUGAUGAAAGUGAUAUCAAUGAACAAUUACGUAGUCGCAAAGAUGUUAUUGAAUAUGUUGGUACGUAAAUGCGUUGGCUUUACUUCCGAUCAAAAUUCCUUAAUAAUGAAAAAAAACGAGUCAACACACAAAAAAGAAAAUAAUAAAAACGAAUUGUAUAAUGAAAAAAAUUGCGGUGGAUUUUUGUGCCAAGAAUCGGGCUGUAAAAAAUUAUCAACGAUAUCACCGAAUUUAGGUCUUUUCAGUCUGACGUAUAUUCUUGCUAUUAUCGUUAACGAUCCUGAGGAUGUAAUUAUGCCUGCUUUGAAGAAGGAUCCGAAUUGGGCUAAUUAUCUCGAUAGGCAGCAGGUUUGGAAUCAAUCGAGACCACCAUGGUUAAAUGCACUUAUGGUACCUUUGAUAAGUACGAUGUCACCAAUAGUAGAGACCCUUUUGGAUGCCGUCAAGACAGGUGCAAGCAUAUAUCAGGCGAUGUCAUUAACGCUAACCUGUUUCACUGAAUUACACGUUACCAUACCAAUGACAAUUUUGCGAACAUUAUUAACUCUUAACAAAAAUAUACCAGCUCGGUGUCAUCCUCUUGGUGGUUCCGUAUUUCUUCAAAUUUUCUCUGCUGCCUUAUAUUCAAGUUUUCUCGAUAUCGCGACAAACGAUCAAACGGAUAUACAGAGCAAAACUUCAGUAGAAAUCAACUUAGAGUCUGGCACAUUUAAUCCGCAUGAUAAAAUAACUGCAUCGAAUGCACUUGCUGAAGCAAUAUGUAGCAUCGACGAGGAUAACAAACAUACUGCACAGAUCGAUUAUUUUACGCAAGUGAUUGAAGACAGUGUUAAAGGAACGCAUCGAAGUUCUAAAUGCGACAAAUUAAAAGACAUGACUCGUAUCAUAGAAACAUACACCGACGAAUUGUUGUUCACUGAUACGGGAAGACAAUCUUUAAAAAUAACACACGAGUAUCUCCUACGUGCUUCCGAUUGGGUGUUAAAGGGACUGUGGAACGAAGGGAGCAACCCACAGCCGGAUUUAAUCGAUUUCUCCGAAAUUCCAUUGAAGGCAAAACCGCUAACCCAUAUCAUGUUUCACAUCGAAGAUACUGAUUUUGAUCAGUUUCUAACUAAUUACGAAUCAACGAAUUGGAAGAAGGUAUUGACAAUGCCAUUAUCCGUGAAUGUGGAACGCGCUCGUAGCCAAACCCUCGCUCGUCCGGAAUUCAAGAAUGUUGGUGAGCUAUCUCAGGAGGAGAGAGAAGUGGUCAAUUCGAUUAAACGACUUUGUUCUUCAUCCGUACGAUCUACUCGUUUUAAAUAAGGGCUUAAUCGACAAAAAGAUAUAUACACAGACACACAUAUACAUUAACUAUCUUAUUUACUUUCGUAUCUACUUAAAAAAAAAAAAAAAAAAA